AUGCGUAAUACUAGUUUAACAAAUGAUAUUUUAUAUCUUAUGCAAAGAUUCCUCUUUGUCCCCUUUUUAAUGAACAAUGGCUAUGUAAGUUAGUAUCAAGAUUUAUUCUACUUUAGUUCUAGUUUUAUUAUCAUUUUAAUUAUGUCUUUUGCUUCAUCAUCGCUACUUAUUGAAAAAAAUGGAAGUGCAAACUAAAAACUUAAAUCCUCCCAUAAGAUCAUUUUCUGUGCUUUAGACUUUACAGUAAAUACCUUAACCUAAGUUCUGUAUAUUCCUUUCUUCUAGCUUUUUGCUUCCAUUUUCUAGUGUGAAAAAAACUCAAAUUAUAAAUAUUCUUCUACUUUCUCUUAAGAUACUUAUUUUGAUGUUGUCACCAAAGAUGAAUGCUUCUCAGUUAUUAAAAUCUCAAGCAUCAUUAUAUCUAUUGUUUGUAUGGCCGUAUUACAUUUGUUUUGUAGCUAUAUCAAUUAAGUCUAUUAUGAUCCAAGACUAGACUGCACCUACAAAAACUCUAAACUGAGUGGAGACUAUGAAUUAAGUAUUUAAUACUUUGUUACUUCUUUCUGCAUAGUUGCAUCUUUGCUGUUUGAAGAUAGGUACCAAGUAAUUGAAAUUACAAUGUCAGUUGUAUGGUGGUUUUAUUUAUUAAAACUUUUACUUAAUAACAUGCUACAUAACUUCAACAUAUUGCAAAAAAUAAAAUUAUAGCAGGCCUUCAUUAUAUUUUUGACAACAGUUAUUGGGGUUUAUAAUUAUUUCUUCCCAGGAAGCACUGUUGUUGCUUUUUUUUGGAUAGUUGGAAUUAUAUUUUUUACUAUUUUUAAUAUAUAUUUUGAACCAGUUACCAACGAAAUAUGUGCUGCAAAUUCUUUUAAUCACAAAUAUGCCUAAGAUGCUCUCUAGCAAUUGAGAGUAUUAUGCUAUGCAAUUUAGAAAUAUGAUCAAUAUUCUAUAAAAGUGGAUGGUUUCUUAAAUAGACACAGAAAUGAUUGUAUAGAACCUUCUUGUCCUUCAAGGUGCAAUUCUGUUCGCAUAAAGAAGAUUAGCAGAAUGCUAGUUAAUCAAACAACUAACGAGGACUUAAUAAUGAGCAUUUCUGUUAUUUAUACAAUUUUUCACAGCAAUAUUGAAAAAUUUGCAGGAUCUAAUAAAAUUAGGAUACUUUACGCAUUAUUUUUGUUUGAGACAAUUUAAAAUAAAGAUUAGUCACUUAUUUAAUUGUCAUUUGUAUCUCAGAAUCAGCCAACUUUAUAAGAAGAAUUUAUGUCUUACAGGUUGAGGAAGAUUAUAGUCCAGUAAUCAAAUCAGAAUGAAUACAAAAGUAAAUUAUUCUUUUAUUAAAAAGGCAAAGAUUUUAACAUUCAAACAUACAAGCAAAUUCUCAGACUUAUUUAUUAUCAAUUUGAAUUAGAAACUCAUUAAUUUUGA